AUUGAAAUGCCUAGAUUCCCAGUCUCCCACAUGUUAUCUCUAUACCCACUCUUGAGUCUUGACCUUCACCACUUACCAAAGUAACCACCUUACUCUAACAUUUUUCCAGCCAUCACUCUAUAUUUUCCGACCAUCGGAAAGUAGAAUCGAGAGCUCGUCACCUCCGGCGUCGGGUCAGGAUCCACCGUAUACCCGGAACGAGAAAACCGGGUUCGCGGGAAAAUCUAAUAGUCUGUUUUUGAUCGAAAUGGCAGUAAAAGAUGUGGAGAUAGAUAUAUCUACCGGAUUAAGAUCUUUAUGGAAUCGAAGAAUCCGCAAAUACAUGAGAUCGCGAUCUGAUCGGAGAACAACCACAACCAGGCCAUCCACUAGUACACGGCCAAAUAAUAAUUCCAGUUCAAGCACACCACCACCAAGCACACAACCUAAUCAACGUCCCCCAAAAUCUGGAAGAAAAAAUAGAAAUUUGCCACACAAACUGUACUUGGCAGCAAUCCAGAAUGAUGUUAAUCAUUUUAUUCAAGUUCAAACAGAAAUCGCGUCUGAAAAUAUUGUGGAUUUACUUACGCCAUUGAAGAACACAGUACUACACGUAGCAGCAGGUCACAUCAAUUCAAUUGGAAAUCGUAGAGGAGGACAAGAGAAGAUUGUGACACUGCUUGUUAAUCACUUCCCACAACUUAUUACUAAACAAAACAAAGUAGGUGAUACUGCACUACACGUGGCAGUAAAAGCAGGACGAUACGACGCCGUUCAGAUUCUGUUGAAUGAAAGCACAACGACGUCGUUGGUACUGGUAAAGAUGAGGAACAAAAAAGGGAAUACAGCUUUACAUGAAUGUUUAAUUAAUCAACAUAGAACAACAGGGAUAUAUAAUUCGUUGAUUAGACAAGAUCCUUCAAUGUGUUUCGUCCUGAAUAAAGAAAGGGAAUCUCCAUUGUACUUAGCAGUUAAAGCUGGGGAUAAUAAUCAUGUUCUGGACAUACUUUCUAAUAUGAAGAUGUUGGAAAAUCAGCAGAAUAUGUACAAGGGCAAAAUUCUUACGGGAAAGUCGCCUCUUAUACCGGCUAUAUUACAAAGGAACAAAGAAUUACUCGACAUAUUACUUAGUAAUGAGCCAGCAUUCAUCAACUUAUCAGACGAAGAAGGAUGGACACCACUUCAUCAUGCAUCAUCUGUAGGUUAUGUUGACAUAGUUCAAUACUUACUGAUAAGAGAUAUAGAAUGUUCGUUGAUACAAGAAAGUAAUGGCUUCUUUCCAAUCCAUAUUGCUGUUAUUCAAGGGCAUAUACAAGUAGUCAAAGAACUUCUUCUACAUUGUCCAUAUCCAAGAGAAAUGCUAACUCACAAUGGUCAGAAUAUCCUUCAUAUUGCUGCUGAAUUAGGGAAAAGAAAGAUCGUUUGUUUUAUUCUUGAGAAUUCCAAACUUGGGAGUCUUAUAAACGAGGUAGAUGACAGUGGGAAUACACCCUUGCACUUGGCAUCCAUGAAUUGGCACCCAAACAUAGUUUGUACAAUGACAUGGGAUAAGAGGGUGAAUUUAGGGGCAAUUAAUAAUGAUGGUUUUACUGCUCUUGAUGCAGCUGAGUACUAUAUGGAAACACCAGCCACCUUUGAUAAGGGUUUGACAUUGACAGCACUGAAAGCUGCUAAUGCACCUCGAGCAACCAGAACAGGUACCCUCAAAAUACCUUCGAAAGAUCCAACUCAAUCAAACACAACAACAGAAGGAACACACACAAAUUACUACAAAGACAGAGUAAACACACUCCUAUUAGUUGCUACCCUUUUUGCAACUGUAACCUUCACAGCUGGUUUUACAAUUCCUGGAGGUUAUAACAACUCUAAAGAAGAUCAAGGAAUAGCAACAAUGUUACAAAGAAGAGCUUUUCAUGUAUUCAUUUUCAGCGACACAAUAGCCAUGUACAGUUCUAUAUUGGUCGCUGUUUGUCUUAUUUGGGCACAAUUGGGUGAUCUCAAUUUGGUUUUAACUGCUCUUCAGUUAGCAAUUCCUUUACUUGGAGUAAGUCUGGUAAUGAUGUCAUUGGCUUUUACUGCAGCAGUUUAUCUAGUUGUUAGCAACCUUAAUUGGUUAGCAUCUUCUGUGUUAAUCAUGGGAACGGUCUUUCUCUUCGCCCAUUUAACCAUUUUCUUGCCACUUUGUUUCCCUUUCUCUUCUACAAACCGUAUCCUUCGUUACAUUUGUUACUACCCUCUUCAUCUCUUUAUGUUCUUAACUUUAAAUAGUGAAGACAAUAAUGGUGUGUAACUACUAGUACAAGAAUUCUUUACACACCUCAAAGGAAGUUUGUAAUUUAAGCUUCAGUUUUUUUUCAUUAAACUAGUUUUUAGCCGUGUGAAGCACGAGUUUAUUUAUUAAUAAAAAAAUACUCCAUCUGUUUUUGAAAUGUUAGUAUCUUU